AUGUUGAAGAGUUUCAACCUGAAUGGCGUGGACAUUGACUGGGAGUUCCCGGUCUGGAGUCGAGAUGCCAAAAAAAUCGACAAAGCGAAUUUCGGAACAUUUUUAAGAAUACUAAGAUCCCAUUUACAAAACUCCGGGUUCAAAUUAUCAGUAGCCGUUUCGGGACCACCCACGAUUUCGAGAGUUGCCUAUGAUGUAGAGGCUCUGGCAAAGUACGCAGACAUGGUGCAAAUUAUGAACUACGAUUUCCACGUAUUCAAUAGGUACAGUAAUCCGUUGGUGGGAUUCAACGCCCCCUUACAUCCUAUGAGAGCGGAGAUUUCAGUACUGGGAGAAAUGAAUUCGGAGUCUUCUAUGAAAACCUGGCUGGACCUUGGUCUUCCAAAAAACAUCUCAUAUUUCGGAAUACCUACGUAUGCCCGUGCCUAUCAACUUCUAACUCAUUACCUCCAUAAACCCUACUCCCCAGCGAUUAGAAGUCGUCCGGAAAUCACAAAUUAUUGGGAUGUUUGUAUUUUUUCAAAAUCUGGAUAUUAUACAAAUGUAUGGAAUCAUAAUGCACAAGCUCCUUAUUUAUAUGGCAAGGACGGUUUAUGGAUUUCCUAUGAAAACCAACAAAGUAUUCUGGCAAAAAUGGCGUUUGCCAGGAAAUGGGGAGUGGGUGGAGUCAUGGUUUACGCUGUCGGAAGUGAUGAUUAUCACGGAAAAUGUGGAUAUGGACGGUAUCCAUUAUUGACGAAGAUUUCGAAAUUGGCGAGGAAUUAG